CUAUUUUGCUUGCAGGGAGAGAGGUGGUGAGGGGAGUGAGACAAUACACAGAAUUUACACCUGACACACACACACACACACACUCUCUCUCUCUCUCUCUCUCUCUCUCUCUCUCUCUCUCUCUCUCUCUCUCUCUCUCUCUCUCUCUCUCUCUUUAUCUUCUUCUUUCUGGGUUGAUACUCUUUUAUUACUUAGUGGGGUUUUUCUGUUUUUCUCUGAUUUUAAUCAAUUGAUUAAUUGGGAUGGAGUUUAACGAUCAAGAGGACCACGAAGAGGAGAUGGAGAUGACGGCGAAUUACGACUCGCUUGGAAACUCCGCCGGAGGCCGAGUCAAAAUGUCGAGUUCUGGACCAGAUGGUUUGGCGCUGGCAGCAGCAGCUGCGGCGGCGACUCAGCAGCAGCAGCAACCGAGGAAGGUUGUGAGGUACAGAGAGUGCUUAAAGAACCACGCGGUGGGGAUUGGAGGCCACGCGCUGGACGGGUGCUGCAAGUUCUUGGCGGCCGGCCCCGAGGGCACGCUCGACGCGCUCAAGUGCGCCGCCUGCAACUGCCACCGCAACUUUCACCGAAAGGAGGGUGACCCGCCCGGACACGGUCUCGGAGUCAUAACCGACGCGUGCGGGCAACUGGUACCGCACCACGGGCAGCAACACCACCCCCAGUUCUCGCCGUACUACCGGACUCCAGCUGGGUUUCUACACGUGGCGGCGCACCACAGGCUGCUGGCUUUGCCGUCGACUUCGGGAGGGGGAGGGACCCACAGCGGGGGGCAAGAGCAGGAUGACGACGUGUCAAAUCCCAGCGGGGGCGGUGGCGGAGGGAGUGGGGGUUUGGGAAUGGGGAUGGGUAUGCACGGAACGGCGUCGUCGGGGAAGAAGAGAUUCAGGACAAAGUUCAGUCAGGAGCAGAAAGAGAGGAUGUUGAGCUUGGCGGAGAGGCUGGGGUGGAGGAUUCAGAAGCAGGAUGAACCGGCGGUUCAGCAGUUCUGCAACGAGACUGGAGUGAAUCGCCAUGUGCUCAAGGUUUGGAUGCAUAACAACAAACACACUCUGGCAAUUUGGAGAAGGAUUUGCCUGAAACGGUUCAACUAAGAAAGUUGAGGUUCCACCAUAAAACUAAUUGGCAAUGGUAAUAUGAGGAGUAGCCCAACCUUUUAUAAGAUUAUGUAAGAUUAGAAUGUCAGAUGACGAUGAAUCCGCUCAUGCAAUUUGCUCUCCACAAUUUGUUUGUGUGAUGAGUUGGUAGAGGGACUUGUGCAAGAUUCAAGGAUCGAUCAGACGUGUGUGUGACGGAUUCUGCAUUUUUCCGUUUGAUUCAAUGCUGUCCACAAUUUGUUUGUGUGAUGAGUUGGCAGAGGGACUUGUACAAGAUUCAAGGAUCGAUCAGACGUGUGUGUGAUGGAUUCUGCAUUUUUCCGUUUGAUUCAAUGACUACCGAUCAUGUCUGUAUCUUUUCUCCCCAUGUGUGUACGUUUCUGCACUGUCAUUCAUUCAUUUAAUUUACUAUUAUGCUUCUUUUC